CCACGCUCCGCGUUCGCCGUGCGGUAUGGCGGCACGCCGUUUGUUCCGUCGUCUUCCGACGUGCGCGCCUCUGUUUCGGUCGCUGCGGUCCGACCGGCUCCGGGGGCAGGGCCUCCGUGUACUCGUCGGCGGGCAGCUUUUCCGCAGGAUGCCGGCUAGCGACGCCCUUGUGCGCCUGGAGCCAGAGGCGGCGUGGUGCGGCGGACGCGGCGGACGCGGGAGGUCAUGCGCAGACAGCUGGGCGGCUCCCCCUGGCGGUCGGUCCAGAAACGGCAGCAGGGGUGAGAGCGCGCGCGGCCCCCUGCUGUGCGCGGCCGUGGCGUUCUCUCUCUUCAGUAAGACCGGCGAUGAGGAGGAGGAGGAGGAUGAAGCUAAGAAGAAGGAGGAUGAGAUCAUUAUGCUUCUCAAAAGAGCAAAGCUCAGCAUCAUGCGAGGGGAGCUGGACGCUGCCAGCGGCUUCCUGCACCACGCGAUCCGCCUUGCCCACCAAAGCCACAACACCCAAGCCAUCAUCUACACGUACACCCUGAUGGCGAACCUCGCUUUUAUCCAAGGCCAGCUGUCUAAUGCCGAGAAGCUGUUCAAAGCAGCCAUGAGCUUUAUGCUGUCUGGGGGCACUCCUGAGGACGACAACGCCGUGAUCGAAAUGUCUCUGAAGCUGGCCAGUAUUUACGGCUCUCAGGAUCAACAUGAGCUGGCGGAACACGGGUUCCGCUUCUGUGUGGAGUCCCUAGAGGCCAAGAUUGAGAAGCAGAAGGACCUUUCUGGUGACGGUCUUACAGAUGACGAGCGCAAGGACACCAGGCUGUUGCUGGGUCUCUGCCUGGACUCGCGGGCCCGUUACCUGACCGCCACACGUCGCCUAGAACAGGCACGGAGCGACUAUCAGCGCGCCCUGCAGAUCUGCCAGGAGGAGCAGGGGGAGGCGCAUCCGCAGAGCCUGGUGCUGAUGAACGACUUGGCCACCGUGCUGGACGCGCAGGGUCACCACGAGGAGGCGCUGCGCCAGAUCUCGAGGGCAGUGGCGCUGGGCAAGGAGACGGGCUACGCCGAACAACACGUGCUCCUGGGGAACAUGGCGGGUAUCCUGCUGCACCAGGGUCAGCUGACGGAAUCGGCGCGGCUCUACCGGGAGGCGUUGGCGAUGGCCCAGGCGGCAGGUGACGGAGAGGCUGUGGAAAACAUCCAGGAGGGACUGAAGGAGUUGGGCGGCAAGAAGGACGGACAGGCGGGGCAGGCCUGAAUGGCAGCUGCUGGGUUCGGCUACACCAGGGAAGGACCCGUGCUUUUACUUCACUCCAAGACCCUCUCCAGGAUUUCGACCCAAAGUAUGAAGAGGAGGGAGGAAGAUUUCCUCAGGGAAGGAGGAAGAGGAAGAAGGGAAUGAACCUCAGGGAAGGAGGAAGAGGGGGGAACAUGAGGACCAAGAGACAGAAGCUCCAAAGAGGGUCCUGAUCUACCCCCUUGUGAAAAGAGUGAUUCAGAGCAGUGUUGCCCGACUGAUCAUAAACGUGGUAAACAUAAUUUGACGUGCGAAAUAAAUGUUUUCAUGUGACUGACUGUUCUGAGCAGAUUGUGAGUUGCUUAGCGUAGGGUAGCCGAUGACACGCUGCCAACCUCAUGUUUGAAGCUGCAGUGUCUCCAGCGUGUAGCUGUGCCUCGGACAACGAAAGAGCGCAUACAUUUGCGUCGAUGUAGAUCUGAUUUGUCAAUAGGUAAAAAUCAUUGAUAAACAGUGGAUUUAUUAAUAUUCCCCAGUGUCCAAACCCUGAAGAGUUCAGUGGUCUGUGUCUUUCAGUUUAAGUGGCUUUGUAAAUCACCCCCCAGACGGACUUGAAGAGCACUAUGAUGUCAAUAAUACUCUUCUUUAUAUUAUAAGAAGUAGUGGCACUGUGGAUUUACAUCUAGCUGACUUGAAUUUAUACAGCUGGGUAAUUUUACUUGCAGCA